GCGUUCAUAACACGUCACAUCCGGUCAGGGGAAGAAGACGUCAUCAUACACACCAGGCUGUGAGUUGGAGCUUGAUGAUUUAAAGAUCUGCGAAUAAACAACACUCAUGUCGUGGAUUCGAGAGACAGAAUUAAGUCUCAUAGAAAGACUUACUGCAAACAUCCUGAAGGCAGGACCCAUGCCCAGACAUGUGGCUUUUAUCAUGGAUGGGAAUCGACGUUAUGCCCAAAAGAGGCAUGUGGAGAGACAGGAAGGCCACACUCAAGGCUUUGACAAACUUGCGGAGACACUGCGCUGGUGUCUGAACCUGGGGAUCCAUGAAGUCACUGUGUAUGCGUUCAGCAUUGAGAACUUCAAGCGAUCCAAAGAAGAGGUGGAUGGCCUGAUAGAGCUGGCCAGGCAGAAAUUCAGCCGCCUGCUGAUGGAACAUGAGAAUCUUGAGAAGCAUGGUGUGUGUGUCCGGGUGCUGGGCGAUCUGACUCUUCUUCCUCUAGACCUGCAGCAGCUCAUUGCCAACGCCGUGGUGUCCACCAAAGCCCACAACAAGUGUUUUCUCAAUGUAUGUUUUGCAUACACCUCAAGACAUGAAAUCGCAAACGCAGUCAAGGAAAUGGCCUGGGGAGUCGAGCAGGGUUUCAUAAAAUCCAGUGAUGUGUCUGAGGUGCUGCUCAGUCAGUGUCUGUACAGCAGUAACUCUCCAAACCCUGAUCUGCUCAUCCGUACAUCUGGAGAAGUGCGCUUAAGUGACUUCCUGCUGUGGCAGACCUCAUAUUCGUGCCUAGUGUUCCAGUCUGUCCUGUGGCCAGAAUAUUCCUUCUGGAAUCUGUGUGAAGCUAUUUUGCAGUACCAGUUAAGCUAUCGAUCUCUCCAGAAAGCUCAGGAGCUGCACAGAGAAGAUGAAGUACGACAGCAGAUGGAAGCGGACCGCACAUGUGUGGCUGAACUCCUGCAGCAUCAUGGGAAUGGAAAGCCUCUGGAUGCCCAGAGUCAUCAGACAGCGCUGCUAAACUACACUGCCAGACGAGAGGAGAGGGUGCAAUGCUUUCUGGAUGCCCUUCAGCACAAGAGAGACACUUUCUUCAGUGAUUUAAGCAGCCAGACGGUCGUUGCUUAGACUUGAACAUUUUGUAUUUACAGAUAUGUAAAUACUUGAGAUGAGGAAGGAAGUUUCACCCCGUUUUAUGGGGCAGAGAUUAUGUAUGUUUGUCAUUGAAAUGACCCCUGUAGACCUGGAUUAUCAAUCUUUAAAUAAAUCCAUUUUGAUUUACUGCGGGGUUUUCUUUUUGCAAACUAGAAAUGCUAGAAAAUACAAUAGAUGAGUCAUUUUACUGUGGCUGCCAGUUUUGCAUAGAUGCACACAGGGUUUCUUUAUGACUCACUAAUUUGUGAACAAGAGAUCGUUCUAGAGUAAGAUCACGAUAGUUUGCGAGAAGAAUGUUGAGAUUUGAGGUAAAUUAGGUAAAUAAAAAACAUAAGAAUAUGUUAUGUUUGUGUUUCCGUCACCAUAAGGAUGAAUUAUUGGUCACAUUUAGCAAUCAAUGCCAUUUCUUAAAGAGAUAAGAAAACAAAUAAAAUAUAUUUAUCUUACAGUACUUUGUCCAU